UCCCACGGGAUGCGAUCCUUAGCUCCUUGGUGGCUCCCGGCACCCCUGGCUGCGGCAGGAGAGGGUGUUUUGGUCCUGCUCAGACCAGCCCUUGCCACCCCUCCGAGCAGUGUGAUUCCCAUUAAAGGAGCUGCGGCAAUUAGUCGUAGAAGAAAGUGAAAGGAGAGCUCAAGAAGAGGAGCUUCCUACCUGAUGUUGUAAGAGUUUUCCAAUGGAAAGGCUGCUAUUGUUGAUGAGCUUCUGUUUGCUGCCAUCCAAUACGCAGCAAGCACCAUCAUUUCUUAUUACUGCCCCAAAUGUGGUGCAUUUGGGCACAGAUGAGAUGAUAACAGUUCAAGUCCACGGGGCACAGAGCCCUGUGCAAGUUACUGCAUACUUCAAAGAUGAGACAAAAAAUCAGCUCCUAUCAGAGAGGAUCUACUUUAACCUUAAUGAAAAUAAUGGCUACCAAGAGAUGAAAAAAAUAAUGGUCAAGCCGGGGGCUCUGCAAAAGAACCUGUUCAAGAAGAGUAAUCUGCCAUAUGUUCUGCUGGUCACUGAGAGCAAGGAGCUUGAUUCGACUGCCAAGAGCAUUCGCAUCCUCCUGUCCUCCAAGAAAGGCUACAUUUUUAUCCAGACAGAUAAGCCCAUAUACACACCAAGUUCUCAAGUCAGAUACAGGAUCUUCAUUCUGGACAAUGCUAUGAGGCCGACGCAUGACACGGUUACAGUUGCUGUGCAGAACUCCAAGGGAAUGGUGGUUAAAAAGUCAGAUCGGAAAAUAAACGCAGUGUUUGGUGAACACUUUGAUAUACCUGACAUUGCUGAGCCUGGAACUUGGAAAAUCAAAGCCUGGUUUCAUCAAUAUGAAAUGUCUAACGUUUCCACGGAAUUUGAAGUUAAAAGAUACGAACUUCCAAGCUUUGAAGUCAAACUCAUCCCACUUCAUCCGUACUACCACAUCUGGAAUGAAAGCUUUGUGUUUGAUAUCGAGGCAAAACACUCUUAUGGGAAGGAGAUUCAAGGCGCCGCAUAUGUGCGAUUUGGCAUAAUCGAUGAAAAUGAGAACAAAAUAUUUAUUCCAGGCCUGGAGCAACAGCUGUCAAUCCAAAAUGGAAAAGGAAGAGUUACUUUAAAUACACCACUGUUGGAAGAGAAAUUGAGAAAGGGUAUUUCAACUCUGGAAGGGUUUCAUUUAUAUGUCGCUGUUACCACUGUAGAAACUGCAAGUGGUGAGAUGAGGGAAGAGGAACUCAGCAGUGUGAAGUUUGUAAAAUCUCCUUAUGCUGUUGAUCUGUCUAACACCAAAAAGUACUUUGUGCCUGGAGCCCCCUUCUCUGUUGUGGCAUCUGCCACUUUGGUUGAUGGUGCUCCCGCUGCCUUCCUAUUUAUCACUGCCACUGUUAUUUUGCCUGGAAAACCCCCAGUGAAGAAGACUGCCUUCUGUAAUAGAGAGGGUCUGGUCUCCAUUACAUUCGACAUCCCCAGAGAUGCUCAAACGCUUGAAAUAAAGGUAAAGGCUGAAGAGGGUAAAGAAAGGUUAGAAUCCCCUGAAGCCAGUAUCAGAGCUGAAAGAUACCAGUCUGCUUCCCCAAACUACCUCAGCAUCAGCAUCCCGCACACCGUUGUGGCACCUGGAGAUACCUUACCCAUCACCUUGAAGGAUAUUCAUCAGUCUGGCAGUGGAAACAUUGGCUAUUUCUAUUAUAUGGUUGUGGCAAAGGGACAAGCUCAGCUUCUGGGAAGGGUGCCAUCCUCAGACAAAGUAAUAAAUCUCAAAAUCACUGAGAAGAUGGUGCCUGCCUUUCGGUUUUUAGCCUACUACUUCAUUGGAAACAAGGGCCAGCAAGAGAUCAUUGCUGAUUCUGUGUGGGUGGAUGUCAUGGAUGUCUGCGAAGGAAAGAUUAAAGUGAGAACAGAGCAAGACACAUAUGAACCAACAGACCACGUCAAUUUACAGAUUGAAACAGACCAUGCGGGAAAAGUUGCCUUAGCUGUGGUUGAUAAAGCAGUUUUUAUUCUGAAUAAGAAAAAUAAGCUUACAGCCAAAAAAGUAUUUAAUGCCAUGAAUUCGUAUGACCUUGGAUGUUCUGUGGGUGGUGGUGCAAAUAAUAUUCAAGUUUUUACUGAUGUUGGUCUGGCUUUUAUAUCAGACACGAUUCAAUCCAACAUUAGGGAAGGAUAUAAAUGCCUCCAGGGCACCAGAAGGCAGAAGAGAUCUUUGGAUUUUCAGAAGAAAAUGUCAGGAAUUGCCAGCAGAUACCAAAACACUGCUCUACUAAAAUGCUGCCAAGAUGGAAUGAAAUUAAAUCCCAUGAGGUUUUCUUGUACAAAAAGGCUGGAAAAGGUGUCUGGCUCCCAGGAAUGCAGGAACGCAUUCCGGGACUGCUGUGAAAAAGCCACAGCCCUCAGGAAGCGGGCGCAGCAGAGGACCAGAGUGGGCUUGGCACGACAAUACAAUGAACACGAAGAAUUGUUUGAUGAAAUCUCUGUCAGCCUGCGUAGUUAUUUUCCUGAGAGCUGGUGGUGGAGUUUUGAAGAAGUAGAAAGCCCUGGAAAACACAGCGUAAAAAACUUUGUUCCGGACUCUAUAACUACCUGGGAAGUUCAGGCAAUAAGUAUAUCUCCUGAAAAAGGGUUCUGUGUAGCUGACCCCCACACCUUUGCAGUUUUCAAAGACUUUUUUGUGUCCCUGAGAUUACCGUACUCAGUCAGACGACACGAGCAACUGGAAAUAAAAGCAGUGGUUUACAACUACCUGCCCAAAGAUCUCCAGGUGAUAGUGAAGAUGGAUGCAGUGAAGGGGCUGUGCACCGCGGAGACGACGGCGAGGGCAGUGCAGCUGCCGCUGCUGGCUAAGGGGAACUCGGCAACGCCAGCCUUCUUCUCAGUUGUCCCUCUGACUGUGGGAGAAAUUCCAAUUACCAUUACUGCUUUUGACCAAAAUUCUGGGCACAGUGAUAGCAUUAGGAAGAAUCUCAAAGUUGUGGCUGAAGGUGUUUUACAGAGAGAAGAAGAGACCAUUUGCAUUAACAGUGCCUUGAAGUCCCAUGCAGUGGACCUGAACAGACCAUCUAAUAUGGUACCGGGUUCUGAUAGCCGCGUGUUAGUUAGCCUGAAAGGGAACAUUAUGGAUGAGUCUGUUGAAAACUGUCUGAGUCUCAGCGGAGUUGAGAAGCUGAUUCAGGUGCCCACAGGCUGUGCAGAGCAAACAAUGGUGAAAAUGGCCCCUGCAGUCUACGCCAUUGAAUACCUGGACGCCAGCGAGCAGUGGGUGAACUUUAACCCUGAAAAGAAGCAGGAAGCCAUUGGUAUGAUUGAAAAAGGUUACACUAGACUGCUUGAGUUUCAGAAGGAGGAUGGCUCCUACGGAGCAUUUAAAACAACACCUAGUAGUGUAUGGUUAACCGCAUUCAUUGUUAAAGUGCUCACAAGGAGCAGAGAAUACCUCAGUAUCCAAGACAGUCACAUAAGAAACUCAGUUUCCUACUUGGUUAAUCAACAGCAGACAGAUGGUUCAUUCCACGACCACCACCCCGUAAUGGACAGGUCAAUGCAGGGCGGCAUUAAGUCAGCAGAAGAGGAUUUGGCUAUGACAGCCUUCGUAACCAUAGCAUUGCAAGAGACCCUACGUGUCUAUCCAUCACCUGAUGUGGCACGAGUGAUUACAGGAACAGUGGCUUACAUGAAAAAUCAAUUUUCAAGAAAUACUGACUGCUAUUCUACAGUCAUCACUGCUUAUGCUCUGACACUUGUGCAGUCUGAUAGUGAAGAUGCUCAGUUUGUGAAAGAAAAAUUAAGAAACUGUUCUUCUUUUGAUGAAGCAAAGCAGCAGCGCUACUGGGGAAAUGGCAACAACGCAAUCUCAGUGGAAACCACUGCCUAUGCCCUGCUUCAAACUUUGCUCCUGGGAGACAUGGAAUAUGCAACUCCUAUUGCCACGUGGCUGACGGAAAGGAGGAACUACGGCGGAGGGUACUGCUCUACACAGGACACAGUGGUGGCCUUAGAAGCUCUAUCAGCAUACAGCAUACAGACACUGAACUCUGCUCCCACUGACCUGACUGUCAGACUGGGAACACCUGGAAGGCAAAAUUACUACAGCAUUGUUCUGACUGAUGCUCAUGAAGAAUUUCAGAAGCAAUUAGAGUUUGAACUUGGAAGAAAACUUGAAGUAUCUGUACACGGCAAAGGAAAUGGGACAAUGAGUAUAUUAAAAAUGUACUGGACACCUGAGCUGAAGAACAACACCUGCAAUGACUUGAUUUUGACAGUGGAAGUGGAAGGCAGCGUUAAGUACUCUGAAGCUGAAUACUCUGAUGAAGAUGAUUAUGAGGACUUGACUGCUGCAGGCAACAGCACAUUUGAAACACUGUCUAAAAUGGAUUGGUUUGACAUCCGCAGCAGAAGAAAAAGGGAUGUGACUGCUCUCAGCAAAACAGAAUCCUUGCAAUACAAAGUCUGUGUCAGGUCCACAGGUCCCAAAUCACCAAAGAUGUCCCUGGUUGAUCUCACUCUGCUGAGUGGGUUGGAGCCUGACACAAAGGAACUCGAACAGUUGGUGACAGCUUCAGACAGGUAUAUUCAACACUUUGAGUACAAGGAAGGGAAGGUUUUGCUCUACUUUGGUGAGCUCCCAAGUGGACCGGACCCAGACUGUAUAUCAUUUGGGGCAAAGCAAAUCAAUCCCAUGGGCUUGGUUCAGCCAGCAAAUGCCAUCCUUUAUGAUUUUUACAACCCUGACAGGAGAUGCAGUGUGUUCUACAGCGCUCCCAAGCACAGUGCCAUGCUUUCAAAGCUGUGCCACGGCAACGUCUGCCAGUGCGCGGAAGGUCCCUGCCCAAGACAAAAAUCAACUUUCAGUAAAGCGGUACAACAAACCACACGCUUUAAUUUUGUCUGCUACCAACCUACUGCAGAUUAUGCAUACGAGGUGGAGAUCCUCAACAGUACAGAGAAGAAUGUUUUUGAUUACUAUGAGGCCAAAAUCCACAAAAUUCUUAAAGCAUCUGCGGAUGAAAGCAUCCAAGUGGGUGAGCACCGACAGUUCCUGUCACGUUCCAUGUGCAAGCUGAACAUUGUCCCUGGCAAACGCUACCUCCUCAUGGGGAGAGAUGGGCAAACAGCUGAUUGCAACAACAAGAUGCAAUACUUACUUGAUGCACAAGCCUGGGUGGAGAAAAUGCCAGAGGACAGCGAGUGUCGCAGCACUCUGCGCCGGCAGAGCUGUGCUCACCUGCAGGACUUCCUGAGCACCUCUGACAGCCUGUGCCAUGUCUGAACCACGGCUCUGACCCCCACAUCUCUCUGUGGGACUGCAGCUCACCUUCUGCCAGAAUUCCUCCUGCAAAGCCUGUGCAUCCCAGUGGCACCUGAAACAUUGGAGGGCUGCUUCCAUUGCUGUUUUGCUGAUGUGUGCAUGGGUAAUAAAACAAAAAUGCAGUUCCUCUA